CUUCCGCGCUCCGCUCGCCUUUCCCCUUCGUCGCGCCGCUCGUCCCGGCCGGGCCGCGAGGAGGGUGGCGGCRGCGCCCGCAGCGCGUUGAUGUGAGGCGGCGGCGGGGCGCGGAUGGCGGCGGGCUCCGGCGCGGCGGCGGCCGCCGGCGGCCGCAGCUUCUCCUUCAAGGUGGUGCUGCUCGGCGAGGGCUGCGUGGGCAAGACCUCGCUCGUGCUGCGCUACUGCGAGAACAAGUUCAACGACAAGCACAUCACCACGCUGCAGGCAUCUUUUCUUACUAAGAAGCUAAAUAUUGGUGGGAAAAGAGUAAAUCUUGCAAUAUGGGAUACAGCAGGUCAAGAAAGAUUUCAUGCGUUGGGGCCGAUCUACUACAGAGAUUCUAAUGGAGCUAUCCUAGUAUAUGAUAUAACAGAUGAAGACUCUUUUCAGAAGGUAAAAAACUGGGUUAAGGAAUUAAGAAAAAUGUUGGGAAACGAAAUCUGUUUAUGUAUAGUAGGUAACAAAAUAGACUUGGAAAAGGAGAGGCAUGUUUCAGUGCAAGAAGCAGAAACGUAUGCUGAAUCUGUGGGAGCAAAACAUUAUCAUACUUCAGCUAAACAGAAUAAAGGAAUUGAAGAGUUGUUCCUGGACCUUUGUAAAAGAAUGAUAGAAACUGCUCAAGUGGAUGAAAGAGCAAGAGGGAAUGGUUCCAGCCAGUCAGGAACAGCGAGGCGAGGUGUACAGAUCAUUGAUGAUGAACCACAAGUACAGAGCAGCGGCGGGUGCUGUUCUUCUGGAUAACUAUAAAACUGUGCAUCGUUGCCCUCAAUAUGAAGACUGCCAUAUUCCAAGUCACGCAUCCUUUACCAAUGGAGUAAUAGAAUUAACAGUAUUUAAAAAUAAUCACUUAUAACACUGCAGAGACCUUAAGUGCUAAACUAGUGGCAUCUGUGACCAGAGAAUUGGCAUUUUCUACAGUGGUUAACAAAGCAAUUACCAAUGGCCUUUUUACAUAUUUUUUUCUUUAAUGAGGAAUAAUAUGCAUGUAGAAAAGACCUACUUAAAGGCUUCAUUUAUAUUCUUUUAAAUCAGAUCAUUAUUUAAUAACUUAUAUACAUUGUUGUUGGAAUGGUAUACGUUUUUGCGGCUCUUUGUAUUUUGUGGUAGAUGRAAUUGUAUCACUUCUAAAAUGCAAAUUCUUUUUUUAAUUAGCAGAUACCUGAAGUAAUAUUUUUGCAGGGCCUCCACAAGCCUAUAACUGUUGACUACUUUGAUAUAUUCUGUCCAUCCUGUAUGCCAAGCUGGUAAAAUACAUUGUAAAUUACAUAUUAAAUAUUUUAUCUGCUUUUACAAGUGCAGGUGCAGAAAUAUGUACAUCAGUCUUGUCAGUAAUUGUGAAGUGAAUAAGUCAGUGAAAAGAUACAAGCUUUUCAUGUGUACUGUUGAAAUGCUCACUCAGUUUCUCCUCCUCCUUGAAAGCAGUCUAUUUUCAGUAUAUUCAUAGCGACAGCAACUUUUAAAGGCUUUUUUUCUGCCAAGCAGCAGUGUGUAGCGUAUGGCCUUAGCGGGGAGGAAAUGCCUCUUAGGCGGCUGUUCAAGGUGGAGGUGUUUGACCAGCACCCAGAACAGUGGGAGCACGUUUAGAUCUUGCCCCUGCAUUUACUUCAGCCUCUCAGAAUGUCCCCGGAAGCCAACCCAAGUUUAGCCCACAUCUACCUGGUAGCCAGUAAACCGGAGGCACGAUAGAACUCGUAAGGUGUGUUAAUAUGUGUGUGCCCAGACAGCAUUUUAAACUAUUAAUGAGCAUAAGGGGUUUUGCAAGGCAGGGCUUGAGUGAACAUGUGAAUUAGCAUUGACUAGAACCACUUCUGAUUGAGUGAAUGUGCAGGAGCUGCAGAACCUGCCAGAUGCAGUUGUUAACGUCGGGUAUACCAGGCAGAGCCAACCUUGCUCCUGACUUGGUCUUUCUCUUGCAAAGCUCUUGGAAGCCCUGUUAAGGUUUGGGAGGAGGGUUUUCA